CAGCCCGUGCAGAGGCCGCAGAGGUGCGAGCACAUCCUGUUUACCCUGCCGCCGAGGCGGGGAGGCCGAGGGAGCGCACGGCUGAGGCGCAGCGGGAGGCGCCGGGCUCCGGGAGAGGGCCGCAGCCGGAGACGGGCUGGCAUGGACACGGUGCCCGUCUACCACGGGGCCAUCAGCCGGGAGGCCGGGGAGAAGCUGCUGCUGGCGGCGGGCACGGACGGCAGCUACCUGCUGCGGGACAGCGAGAGCAUCCCGGGAGUCUACUGCCUCUGCGUGCUGCAUCAGGGUUAUGUUUAUACCUACAGAGUGUCCCAGACACAAACUGGUUCCUGGAGUGCUGAGACAGCACCUGGGGUUCACCGGCGGCUCUUUCGGAAAGUGCACAACCUCAUUUCGGCCUUCCAGAAACCCAACCAAGGCAUUGUAACACCCCUGCAGAACCCAGUUGUCAACCAUGUGAGAGCCAACUACUCCCCAGGGAGGAAUGAAGGCUAUGACUUCCACCUGCAGCCAUCCUGAGGAUGUUUCCCCAAGUGUGACAUAACCACAUCUUCCAGCAUCUCCUCUAA